CCACCUUUGAAAUCUAUCAUCUUGGGCGUGUUCCAGCUGGUUGAUCUGUUCUUUGUUUAUAUUUUUGUUAUUUAGAAUCACGAAAAAAUUUCUUGUGCGUAGCUAAGGCGUGCGGGUAUUACCGUCUCAAUUUUUUAAAGGAUUGCCAUUGAAGAAACAGCAUGAAAUUUCCUUGGUCUCAUUCGACUCUAGUCGAGAUUCUUAAGAGUGAUUCCAAACAUCACCAAAAAUGCGAUAAGGUUUGCGAAGAUAUCACGAGUAAGAAAGUAGAUCUUUCCGAGUUUGUUGAAGAGUUGGGUCCUGCUUUGACUCACGAAGAACAUCAAAUAAGGAUGAAGGCAACAAUGCUAUUAUCGAAUGUGCUAGCCAAACUACCAUCAGAUUUCCUCACUACUAAGCAGCUCGAUUUUCUAGUCGCAUUUUACUGCGACCGUAUGAAGGAUCAUCAUUCAAUGAUUCCCGCAAUACUCGAUGGAAUAUCAUCACUGGCAGCCAUGAAGCAUCUUCCGGAAGGAGCUGCAUGCAAACUUGUCAGCUCUUUAUUUCUGCACAUUCCCUGCCAAAGUCAAGCAAAAGAUGAUCGUGCAAAAUAUUUCAGCAUUAUUACCCACUUGGCGGAUCACAAAGAGACAGAACUGAAAUCCAUGGGUGCAGAUUUUGUCUACGGUGUGAUAGGUACCAUCGAAGGCGAGAGAGAUCCACGAAAUCUGAUUUACUUGUUUGAGUAUAUGCCACAGUUUCUACGGCAGUAUCCUCUACUGCAUCUGUCGGAAGAAAUGUUUGAAGUGUUUGCCUGUUACUUCCCUAUUGAUUUUCAUCCCAAUCAAAACGAUCCGGAAGGUAUUACAAGAGAUAUGCUGGCCGUAAAAUUGGAAAACUGUCUUUGCGGGUCCAGCGAAUUCGCUGUGCAUUGCAUUACUCUACUGCUAGAAAAGCUGGAAAGUGAUCUCAGUGUUGCAAAACUUGAUUCGUUACGUUUAUUGAUACGAUGUGCUAAGGUGUUUAGCAUAGCAGACAUAAGUGAUCAUGUUGAUGAUGUAUGGAAGGCUUUGAAAUUGGAACUGCUACCCGGGAGUGGAAAUAAUGAAGUUUUCCAACUGGCAUUGGACACUACAAAACAACUUGUAAUGGCAACCCAAGUCGAUGCUAAGUUAGGGGAGCAUCUACUGACAAACAUUUUUAUGGCGAUUAUGGGUAGCUUGGCAGAUGUUGCUUCAAGAAUGUUUGAAAACUGUGUAAAAAUAGCACUGAUUUGUGCGGAUGCGUCAGUUGAAGCGGGACUUUUCGUAGCGGACAAACUCAUUCCUAUUACGCUGUCGCAGUUGCAGGCAGAUGUGCUUAGUGAACAGCAAAAAGGCAGUUUAAUAGAAGUUCUUCAGCAAAUAAUGCUGAUUUGUAAAUCGAAAUCAAUCUUCCCACGAAUGUCGUCUGACGUUAUGACUGCUGUACAGAAACAGUUUAUCCAAAUUUUGGUCCAGGAAGAUGAUUCCAGCGAACUUAAAAGAAUCGCUCUAUCGUGUGUCACGAGCAUUCCAGAAGUGAUCAUUGAUGAGAAUCGUUUUGUAGUUUAUACAACAGUAAUCCAUGUUCUGUUGUCUUCGGAUGAUGGGCGUUUAAAUGUCGAAGAUUGUCUGUACAGGUUUGCUGUUCAAUACUCUACUGAAGUAACGAAUGUCAUUGUUGACAAAUUGGUAGCAAAAAAAUACGACGUUGUAUCAUUUUCCACAAAACGAAUAUUUCAUGCAUUAGCGCGACUGCUACCGUUAGAAUCUAUGAGAGAAAAAUUGUUGGAGUUUUUUUUGGACUUAAUUUUCAAGGGACCGGAUAGGGAAACAAUAGCAAUUUUAGCUUUACAAACUCUGGAGAUCACUCUUUCAAAAGAAGAUGGCAAAAGGGUGGCUGAAGCUUUGAAUGGAACACAUAAGUUAAUCGCGAAAUUGGUUCAGCAAGUACACAUCGAAAAAUUACCUUACUCAUCUGAUUAUCUUUACGCGAUGUCAACCGUAAUGAGAGCUGUGAUGAAGCAACUUUCUCCAGCGGAACAAAAAACUAUUCUAAGCCUUCAUCUUACCUCAAUGGAUUUGACGAAAAUUAAUGAUCUGUACUUAACCUCGGGUAUUCUUGGCUAUUUAGACGAAACGAUUUCGCUUGAGGACCAUUUCGAAAGCCUAGUAGAACGUCUUACCAAACUAGCGAUGGAUAGUGACGAUGAAAAUAUAAAAACUUUGUGUCAGCAUCUUCUAUGCAGCUUGUUCAACCGUAUGGCAGAUGAUGAUUAUCAUCGCAAUGUGCUAUUUAAACUGCUCAAUUCACUUCGAAAAGAGUUAAAGGAUCACAACAAAAAAGUGGUCAGCAUUCUCUCUUGGAUAAGCAAAGGUCUCCUAGCAAGAGGUCACCCAUUGGCCGGUGAAAUAGUGGAGGACAUUGCUGAUUUACUGGAUCACCCAUCAUUGGGACACAUGGCCGCAUUUGGUUUUGAGAUUAUAUCGGCAGAAUUUCCCCAGCUACACUUGCCAUUGAUCAAAAAUUUGUUCAAGCAGAAGCUUUUUGUGUUGGUUAUGAAGAAAUUGGAGCACAAACUAGAACAUAGCGCAGAGAGUCAUUUGAGAGCAUUGGCGCAAGUGUACGAAAUUGCACCACAUUCAGUGUUGAAAAUGAAUAUUGAGAAGGUUGGUCCAAUUUUGAUGAAAUGUAUGUUACUAACGAACGACAAGGCAUUGAAAUCAACUUUGAAAAUAGUUUUACAUUUUCUAAAAGAUGAAGAUGUCUUUUUCCGCGAUCAUCUCCAAACAUUGGUGCCUCAAUUGUUGAAGCUUUCAACUUAUGAACAAUCGAUGCACGUACGUAUUGACGCACUGGAGUGUUUGCUGUUUACCACGAAAUAUCCACCAUUUUUGCUACUUCCGUAUAAGCAGGAAGUGGUAUUGGGAUUGCAGACCUCGUUGGAUGAUCAUAAACGUUUAGUUAGAACCGCUGCAGUUGCUGCUCGACUACAGUGGUUUUUAGUUGGUACCGAUGGUGCUAGCACAGCCAAUGAAUAGUUUUUAUCAAAACUAACUGAUACUUAGGAUUUCAUUUGUUUUAGAGAUAAUAUAACAACUUUGUUUCCAAA